CAAAUGCGUCCUGUAAGCUGUGCGUUUUCAAGAAUUACUCCAAGCUGUUGUGAAGUUGUUUUAUGAUGAAGUCUGCCUAUUUGUUUGAGGAAAAUACGAUGUCUGAUGAUUUUUCAGUUAAAAGUGAUACCUAUGAAAACUCAGAUAGUUCCGAUAACGAUAGUACAGAAUUAAUAGCACAGCUUUAUUUGGAAAAGUAUUGUGAUGACAUUAGUGAUCUAUCCUCAGAUGAUAGUAAUCUUCAGUUAUCAUCCUCAAGGUAAUUUAGAGAAAGGAAUUAUCUUUUAGCUGUGAUACAAAUAUUUCCCACCGUAGUCGGAGAGGAAAUUCAAGGGAAACGACAAACCAAUAUCAAAAAUUCAUAACACGAAAGGGAUCGUCCGGAGUUAGAUGCAUUUCUGUGCCUCACUGUAUAAGUCCACGUAAUGGAUUGGCACGGAAGGUUUCUCGGCGACCACUAUCGAAAAGGACAGAAUUUGAGCGAAUGAAUUAUGGAAAAGGUGUUAUUACUGUUUGCAGAAGGAGGUGCAAGUCAUCCGAACUUCGACAUACUGGAAAAAUGUGUAGCUGUUCUUCUGGACCAUAUGAAUGUCUGUGCUCCGUCUGCGUUACUUCAGAAUAUGGGAGGCAUAAAAACAGAAUGCAAAUGAAACAAACGAGGACAGACUAUCCUACUGACAAAUUAAAAAGAAAAUUAUCAUCAAAUGCAUAUACUACUAAUAAAAAUAAACAAUCAUAUCAUAAUCAAACUUCAUCACCGCAGAAUAAUUCGCUAACUUCUGAUCUAUAUGAUAUAACUGAAUGUUUAAUUAGUGAAAGUGUUCGUGAUAAUUUGCUACUGAAUAAAAGUGAUUCUGAACUAGAGAGGAAAUCACCAAUCAAUAAAGAAGUCAGUCAACUUGUACAGUGUAGUAAUGUAAUUAUGGAUCAAGCAAAAAAUUUAAAUGAUUUAGACAAUAAACUAUCAGCAUGGGCAAAUUGGUUAUUGGAAAAAGAGAAACAGAAAAGAAAACAGAAGAAGGAGGCACAAAAGAAACAGGCUGAGGAAGCCCAAAAGCGAAGUCAGUUGAUGGCACAAAAGCUGAAUCGUAGAAAGAUUGCUGAAGAAAAGUGUAAAGAAUGGAUACAGGCAAAACAGAAAGAGAUGGCUCAAAUGAAAAAGAGAAAAGAAAUCGAGAAAAAGGAGAAAGAAGUGAAAAAGUUGCAAGAAUUACUUGAAAGAACAGAAAAAGCUCGACUGAAAUAUGAAGAAUGGUGUAAAAGGAAACAUGAAGAAAAGGAUAGACAGAUUGGUUUUGAGAAACAAAUUGAAAUGAGCAAGCAGUUGGCUAACAGAAGUCGUCAAGAGGCAUCAGCUGCAGCCUAUACGCAAUGGUUGAAAAUGAAUGGUAAUAAAAAAUGCCUUCAAUAUUAUUCACAUGGUUAUUCUGAUGGAAAACUUAUUGAUUAUUAUGAUCGUACAGCGAAUCCUCCACCAAGUUUUGUAAAUCCUAAUCCAUGGAUCAAUCCAGCAGAGACAACAUCAGUGAAUAUGACAAGAGACAUGAAUGAAAGGCUGGAGUAUACACCAAAUGGAGGCUUACUAAUAAAGAAAAGAACAUCUUCUAAAACAACUACAACAACUACUACGACUUAUACGGUAUAAAUAAAUAUGGACAACUAUUCAGUUUAUUCAAUAUUAAUAUAAAGGCAUAAUGAAUACGUGUACAUUGACUGAAACUAUUCACACUUUUAACUGAUUAUAACAGUAUUUAUAUGAGUAUGAAUAUAUGGAUUAUAAGGCAGUGUGUGAUUGAGUGGAACCGAAAUAAAAACGAUUGGAUAGUUAUGAUUAUAUAUAUAACAUAGAAAGA